UUUUCUUUUCUACUUUGAUUUUUUUUUCUUCCUGGGUUGAUUGUGAGGCUUAGCUUUAAGAACCGGCAACCCUGAUUGUGACAAAAUAUACGGAAUGAACAAAAUAUACUUCAGCGAAAUCGCCAUCUUCUCCAAAUUCCACUAUCCGUAUGUCUAUUGCUCUCUCUCUUCUCCUUUCGAACAAGCAUCGUUAUAAUCUAUCCCCUCCCCACCAUUAAAUCAAACAGACCGUUAUAUUCCACCUCCUCAAAUCUCUUUGCCGAUUCUUUCAUUUUCGUCCAUAAUACCAAUUGAUUCUUUUACAGUUGUGAUAUUUGGGGAUAACAGUGAUAGUUGGAGGCAGACAUUGAUACCAAGAAACAAAUUUUCAGUUCAAAUAAACAUUGAGAGAGUGAGGAAACGAAUUGAAGGAGGAAAGUAUUGAGCAUUUUUGGUCAACAAAAAGAACCAGUGUUUCCCUCCAUCUACGCUGUUGGGUCGGAAUCAAGUUGUCUGAUUCUUCAGGCAAACAUGGGAUGAAAUCAGUCUCCCUCAAUAGCAGUAAACUAGUUCCGCCCUUGCCACCGUUCUUUCCUUUCCAUUAUCAACCAAAUACUGCUGUUGCAGGAAACUACCAGCUUUUCCUUCUCCCUCAUCGAGUUCCAGGGUUCUUUUCCUGCGCAUUAGCAUUUGACAAUAUGUCAAAACAACCCAACAUCCUCUUUUUGGAGGAAUGGCUGAGGAACAAAUGUGGCGGUGCCAGCAAAUUAAAUCCUAGAAACUCUAAUUCUCCAUCUGCUCGAGCCAUUAUUCAGGCAUGGGCUGACCUCAGGGACUCCGUUAAAUAUGAGUCUUUUACCUUACAUCAUCUGCAAUCUCUUAAAAUCCUUGUCAAUUCUCAAACAUCUCUCCAUGUUGCAGACCCCCAGGCGAAGCUGCUUGUUGCCAUUCUUUCAUCUCCAAAUCAUUCUCUUCCUUAUGAGUCCUAUCCUCUUAUGUUUAGGCUUCUUUACAUAUGGGUGAGAAAAACCUUGAAGCCUACUUCAGCUGUCAUUGAUUCAGUAGUGGAGGUCCUCUCUCACCUCAUCUCUGUUCAAUUUGAUUCUAGAAAAGAUCCUUUCUUCUUUUCUGAAGUUAUUCUCCUGCUAGGUGCCAUUUCUUCUGUGCUCUCUUCACCUGAAAGAUCCAAAACGACCUGCUUGGACAUACUGUCUGGACUGUUGAUAAAGGAGUAUCAAUUCCUUGGCUUAUUUACAGAACUUGUGCCUGAUGUUCUGGCAGGAAUUGGGUAUGCUUUGUCUUCUCCUGCAACAGUUUAUAAUAUUUCAAUACUGGACUCAUUAUUUGAAAUUUGGGGCAAAGAAAAUGGGCCUCAGGGAAGUAUUGCUCAGGGAUUGAUGAUUCUUUAUUUGUUUGAUUGGGUUAUGUCAAACUUGGUUAAUUUCCAGUUUUGGGAUAAAAUACACUUAUUUUGUCAAGAAGCUUUUCAGAAGUUUAAGGUAAAUUAUGCUCCAUUUGCCGUUUUCAUGGCUGGGGCUGGAGUUGUGACGGCUUCAAAAAGAUCUAUGUCAAGCACUAUUAAAUCUGAUACCAUCUCUAAAGCGAGGACUUGUGCAAUUGUUUCAAUGGAAACUUUAGCUAGCAAUUUGUUCUCAAGGAUGUUGAGAUCUGAUAUGUCAAUCUCAGGCAAUGAUCUUAGAGACAGACUUUUGCUCCAAUGUGUCUCAUUAGCAUUGGCUCGAACUGGCUCAUUUUCUGGUCAUUCCUCUUUUUUUGUUUGCCUUGCUUUGGCAUUGUUAACUGAAAUACUUCCAUUGCCUUGUAUGUGCAAAACUGCCCUUGAAUUGUCAAGAGGUUCUGGUGGGCUGAAGCUAACUGAGAUCAAUGAACAUCUAGAUAAUAUCCUAUUCAAGGAAGCUGGAGCUAUAACAGGGAUCUUCUGCAAUCAGUAUGUCUCAGCAGAUGAAGAACAUAAGGAUGUUGUGGAAAAUCUUAUAUGGAAAUAUUGUCAAGAUUUGUACUUCGGGUACAGGCAAGUAGCUUUGUUUUUUAAAGGCAAGGAGGAUAAGCACCUUGAGGGUUUGGGGAAAAUUGCUGAAUCUGCUUUUCUCAUGAUUGUGGUUUUUACAUUGGCUGUCACAAAGCACAAGUUGAACUCCAAAUUCACUCAAGAAAUGCAAAUGGAUGUCUCGUUGAAGAUAUUAGUAUCAUUUUCUUGUGUAGAAUAUUUUCGUCAUGUCCGUUUGCCAGAGUACAUAGAAAUAAUUCGCAAGGUUGUUGCGAAUGUUAAGGAGAACGAGCAUUUUUGCACUUCUUUUGUGAAGUCCAUGCCUUCUUAUGUUGAAUUGACAAAUAGUCCAGAAUUUACGCUGGACCAGAAAACCAAAUACAUAUGGUCUAAGGAUGAGGUACAAACAGCUCGCAUUUUAUUUUACCUACGAGUCAUUCCAACUUGUGUUGAGCAUUUGCCCAGCCAUGUAUUCAGGAACAUGGUAGUUCCAACAAUGUUCUUAUACAUGGAACACCCAAAUGGAAAAGUAGCUCGGGCCUCACAUUCUUUGUUUAUGGCAUUUAUUUCUUUUGGGGAAGAAUCUGAAAUGAAUGGAAGAUUAUCACUGAAGGAGCAACUUGUUUUCUAUUACAUAGAAAGAUCCUUAUUGGGGUAUCCAGGCAUAACUCCUUUUGAGGGUAUGGCUUCUGGAGUUAUAGGAAUUGUUCGACAUCUUCCUGCUGGAAGUCCUUCAAUAUUUUAUUGCAUCAACAAUCUUGUUGAGAAGGCAGACAUGCUCUGUGCCGAAGUCCUCACUAAUGAUGCUGAUGCAUGGAAAAAGUUGCAGGGGGAGACAGAGCCUUGCAAGAGAUUACUGGACUUGCUUUUGCACAUAGUUUUUUUGGUUGACAUACAAGUCUUGGUGGAUUUAAUGAAGUUGUUAGCACAGCUGAUUACCAAGUUACCACAAGAUGCACAAAACAUGGUUCUUAAUGAGUUAUAUUCACAGGUGGCUGAAUGUGAUGAUGUUGUACGAAAACCAACAUUAGUUUCAUGGUUGCAGUCAUUGUCUUACCUUUGCAAAAAGGCUUCACAGGAAAAUGAAGUCUCUGGAAAGACUCCUAGUGAAGAUAACUUCAUUUUGGCCUGCGCUGCCGACCCCAGAAGCUGGUUUAAAUUAGCUUCACGACUCUGAGCAUUUAGAUCCAAUGUUUUUUGCUGGACUUUCUCUUCUAUCCUCCAAACUCUCUUGUCACAAAUCAUGUUAAUACAUUUGUUACUGCAUGAGAUGUAUAGCUGAGAGCGGAUUCUUGACUUGCUGCUUUUAAUCUUUUGUCCAUGCACCUAUAAUCUUGUCUGUAUUACCUGAGGAACAUAGUUGAUUUUAAUACCUAUUGCGUAUGUGACAUCAAUUAUUGCCAACCGAAAAUAAGAGCUGGUGGGAUGUGCAAGCUUAACGCUUGGCUUCUCUACCCUCUUCUCCUCUUGCAUGGUACUGAAAGUGAAGCCAAAAUAAUAGGUAAGCAUCAUGAAACUUACUCUGCUUAUCAUCUCAAUUCUCCACUAGUUAGUCUUUUAACUAUAUUUUCUGGUGUUCAUCUUGGUGGACAGAAGUGGUUUGAUCAGGUGUUUGUCAGGAAGAAUAUUAAAGUGAAAGGUUCACCAUUUUGAGCAAAAGAGCAGCAAAUGUCCAGGUGAAGAUGCUAGGUCUGUCUGGGAAAAAUAAAAAAUAAAAUGUAAUUUAUUAGUUUUACAUGCAUUUGGAUUUCUCUCAGUUUAUAUUAGAUCUUGAUCCUUGUCGAGGGUUUAUCUCACUUUGUUUCGACAAAAUGUCCUGGCGAAGCUUUUGGAUUUGGUAUGGAGAAAGCAAUGUAAAUACUUGCUGACAUGGAGCAUACAGUUUAGUGGACCUGUAUAUGCAUGAAUGUAUGUAUAUCAAGUGUGUGUAAGUUUGAGAUGUAAUUUAUUAGUGAGAAACGAUGAAUAUAUUAAACUUUUUCCUAUGAUAUUUUAUGCAGGUGAUAAAGUUUAUGUUA